CAAUCAACACAAGCCUUGGCACGCGCUUAAAACACCCCUCCUGGAUCACUCGACGCGCUCUUCGAAGCUUCGACACAGAGGACGCAUCAUUAAUUUUAAGCACCUGGCUGACAGCGGGCAGCAGGUUCUAAAGCAGCAAAGUUGUCCAAGUCCAUCACACUGCCACCACCAUGUUGAAUAGAGCGCGGCGCGGUGAGGAACGGAGUGGUGCGCCUGGAUGGAAUGGAGCUCAAAUCACUGCGAUCCUAAUUAGAUGUUAACAAAAACUCGGACUGAUACAAAAUCAAGCUCCAGGAAGGAGAAAAAAGUCCAAACAUCGGUUCUGAUUCCAGCGGAGGGUCGAGGCGACAGAAACCUGAGUGGAAAACUUGGCUUUCGCUCUUUGCCAUGAAACAUGAUUAAUGAAAGCAGUGAAGUUGGAGGCUUUCAGCCUCACUGGAACUUCAGCGGGUCGUUGGGUAACCAGUCAGCUGACCUGUUCUCCAACAUCUCCUGUAAUGAGUCGACCAACAGUUCAACAUCCUGCUCUCUUCCCGACAACAAUGCAUGGUCUGGAAGUCCGUAUAAAACCUUGGAGAUGUUUUUUAUUGCUUUGGUGACUGGAUCUCUGAGCUUUGUGACUGUGACUGGAAACAUACUAGUCAUGCUAUCCAUCAAAGUCAACCGGCACUUACAGACUGUCAAUAACUAUUUUCUAUUUUCCCUGGCCUGUGCUGACCUGAUUAUUGGAGUUUUCAGCAUGAAUUUAUACACAGUCUACAUCAUUGUUGGCUCGUGGCCACUGGGACCGGUCAUCUGCGAUCUGUGGCUAGCUUUAGAUUACGUCGUCUCGAACGCUUCUGUGAUGAACUUAUUGAUCAUUAGCUUUGAUCGUUACUUCUGCGUGACCAAACCCCUGACGUAUCCCACCAGAAGGACAACCAAGAUGGCGGGAUUAAUGAUUGCUGCAGCGUGGAUCCUAUCGUUCAUCUUGUGGGCUCCAGCCAUCUUGUUUUGGCAGUUCAUUGUCGGGGAGCGAACAGUACCAGCAGGAGAAUGCUACAUUCAGUUCCUUUCUAACCCUGCAGUGACCUUUGGGACGGCUAUAGCUGCCUUUUAUCUGCCUGUCGUUAUUAUGACAGUCUUAUACAUCCACAUCUCCUUGGCUUCCAGGAGCAGAGUCUCCAAACACAAACCUGAGAAGAAAGAGAAGAAGGGAAUCAAACCUCCCAACCUGCUAAAGAGUCACAUGAUAAAGCAGAACAACAACAACGAUACCAGCCCUCAGGUCAGUCCUCGCUCCACUCCCAAGGCCAGCCUGGACUCCACCACCACCGCCCUUGAUGGAGUGAAGAACGGCCAGGUGGAGGAACAGAAACCUUCCCAAGCCGAAGCCCUGGGGCACCCAAGUCCCAGACUGGCACAGGAAAAGGAGAGUUCCAAUGACUCGUCCACAGCUUUUAUCCCGCCAACAGAACCAAAGGCCAACAGCGAGGCGACGUCUGAGGUGGCUACAAAUCCCAAUCCAGUUGUCACGACAACAUCCAACUCUGCUCUUACCAAGAUGAACCCAUCGUCAAGGUGGUCCAAGAUAAAAAUAGUAACGAAGCAGGCGGGCGACGAAUGCAUCACAGCAAUAGAGAUCGUCCCACCAGUGGAGGGAGCGGAGAGGCGCUCCAUCCCAAUCAGCCGCCCCAGAACUGUGGCAAGAAAGUUUGCCAGCAUCGCGAGAAGUCAAGUGAAGAGGAAAAGACAGAUGGCUGCCAGAGAAAAGAAAGUAACCAAGACCAUCUUUGCCAUCCUCCUGGCUUUCAUCAUUACAUGGACACCCUAUAAUGUCAUGGUGCUGAUAUCCACCUUCUGUCAGUCCUGUGUCCCUGACACCGUGUGGGCGAUUGGCUACUGGCUGUGUUAUGUCAACUCCACCAUCAACCCAGCUUGUUACGCACUGUGCAAUGCCACAUUCAAAAAGACUUUCAAAAACCUGCUGCUGUGCCAGUAUAAAAAUAUAGGUACGAGAUGAGAUGAAAGAAGAAGAUAAAGGGUGGGAUGGGAGGGAGGGAAGGGGAGGGGGAGAUGUAAGCCACGUCAAAGGAGGAACAGAGGAAACACUAUAAAGGUGAGUGACAAGAAGCCUGGAUAAAUAGAAGCAUAAAUGUGUGAAAUUUAACGAGUUCUGGCAUAUGGCGGGGGAUAUGCAUCUAUUUAUUCUGCAAGUUAAAGCAAACAGGUGAGAGAGCUCCCCAGCUUCCCUUUACAUGGAUCCACAGAGUGGAAAAGCUGCUACAGCAGUAAGACAAAGUGAAUGUGGGCUGGGAAGGAAGGAACAAGUGUAAAGUGUGGAGACCAUGAAUAGAAAUAAAAACUUGUGGAAAUAAAGCUAAAACAGAGCACUUACUCAGCGGCUGCAGUGGCGCUGCUCAGAUUUGAGUGUUUUUAUGUUUAUUUGGAUCAAGUGAGGACAGUUUGGGUAUUCUGUCAUUUUCCCCAUGAUGAAUUAUUCUCCAGCAAAAAUCCCCGCAAAGUCAUACUUUCAAGUUCUGAUGUAAUGUGAACUCUAUUAUAUCAAAGUACCGAGGGCAGUUGUGUGGGUAAUUGGCCACUGGCUGAGUUGUGACAGUUCAACUAUCGACCCAGACGGGUAAAAGUUGGUCCAGAAUCAUUAAAAAGUUCUUCUUCAUCCUGCAGAUAAUCUGAAAUCAGGUAUUUGUACAGAAAGGAAACAAGCGAUGGAUUAAAAUAAGGGAAAAUAUGUUGCUAUGUUUCCAUUGGCCACAUAAUCGUGCAAUUUGACAUUUCAAAGACAAAUUUGCUUAAUAGACACAUGCCAAUUUAAAAAAACAGAUUUGGUUAUUGAUUAAAAAAAACAAACGAUUUAGCACUAGGAUGUGGUGUUUUUUCAGCAGCAUUGAAAUUGGUUUAUCUUGCAAAACUGCAAUGGAAACACUUUUUUUUCCACAUCACAUGUGUUUCCACUGGAGCAAACCAUGAAGAAAAGACAGGAAGUAGUAGGAGGAUCAUGAUGCAGCAUGUUUUAAUGUCAUCACAUGAACAAACUUAACAUGUGAUUUUAAUUGCAUUGGAAAAACUGCAAUUGUGAAAUUGUCUUUAAUUUGACAUAAAAUUUUUGUUUCCAUAAAGUUAUAAUGGAAACUCAGCUAAAGCCUUCCACUCCAAAAAUAAGUUUCAGAUUUAUCAACUAUUGAGACAUAACUGAAGUAUCCAUAGCAAGUUUCAAUAGAGUCUAGUAAGGUCCUGCUCAGCGAUUAACACUAGAAAUGGUUUUAGUGAGGGUUUAGAAGCUGAAGCUGACACUAAAGUUCUCUAUAAGGUUUUUUACUCCUCUCAGAAGUAAUUCUAUCAAAGAUUUUCCAUCAAGUAACCCAGACACGUUUUAGCCGUAACAUAAAGGAAUUUCUCUGGUCUGUUCACGACAAAGUCAGCGUAAGCUCCGUGUUCUCAAUGUGACCCAUUGGACAGAUGAGCAUGUUAAGAGAAGAAAAGAAAAAGUGUUUCAGGAAGUCCCAGAAUACACUGGAAAUGAGGCCAUCAGUGACUGAACCUGGGGCAGAAAAGAAAGGUAGCUCUGCAUUUCACUCUGCCUUGGAAUCAUAUUCGACCUGAUCAUGGUUAUAAGUUUGUCACUUGGAAAGAGAGAGGACAUUCUGAAGUUUAAUAUUUCUUUAGUUAUGGGUAAUAUAUCAAUUUAAAUCCACUUGAUUUAUUCAUUAGCGCCAAUAAGUUAAUGAUUUCUAAAUAUCACUCCUGCUAAUAUUGUUUAGCUGUAUUAGCCCCUUUGAGUAAUACAUUAGUAAAUUGAUGUGUUUAGCAAUUUUCUGUGUUGAAAUUAGACAUAAAAAUAAAAUUUAAAGUGCUUAACAUUUUUUUUAAAAAGUAAAUUUUUAAUAUUUAGUUUUGAGAUUUAUUUUAAAUAUCUCAGUAAUUACAUAUUUUCAAACCUCUAGCAAAAGUAAUUGUAUUUCUUCUGUCUGCAGAAGAACUACAAUGUUUAAAGCAGCUUAUUUUAGUCCUACCGAAUGAGAUUAAGUUGAAGGAAGGAUUAUAUUUAUAAUUCAAACUGCCACAACACAUAUUAAGUCUUUAUAGUUGAAGACCUAAAAGAAUAAACAAAAUAACUUGUGGGCUUUCAUCGACUGCAGCGUCUUGAAACAAGAUUGAGACUUGUUUUAGCAGAAGCAUCUACUGAACCAAGCAUUACUUAUUUAUUGCUUACUUUUUUCUUAAAUUAAACUUCACUGCUAAUCCAGUCACUGGAUUUUAAUGAAUUUGUUUGCAAAAAUAUUUUAUAUGCAAAUAAAAGUUAAUGCUCCCUCGCUGUAUGCAAACACAUACAGCAAGGGAUCAGCAAAUUAAACUUCAACAUUGGCUUUAGCAUUUUGCAUCUUAAAGCAAAAAAGUCAAUCAAGUUUUUGGCAUUUAUCACAAAGUCAAAGAAAGUCUCUGUUGUUUCUAUAGAAAAUCAGCUCAAACUUGGCCUGUAAACCCAAAAACACACCAAUCAAAUGUCACCUUACCUUUAGCUUCUUUACUUUUUGAGUCAUUUUUCUCUCUCCCACGAAUCUUUCUCUGAUGGGUCCCAAUUUGUGCAGACAUCAUUUCUGUAAUUAUUCCCAGUAGCUAAAUGUUACAUGAUAAGAGAUAAAUAAUAUGUCUAUGACUUUA